AUUUUCUGUGUUUGUAUAAGUGUGUAUUUGAAAUGUCACAAUGUUACAAUGGCAUUGUAGUUCAGUACGUAGGUACGUGUACAACGAGCUAAUAAUGUGCAAAGUUACAUUUGUGCAUAUUUGUAUAAAUAAUGUUUGUAUGAUGAUAAUGUAGUUUCUAAAAAAGGAUGUUUGUAGUCAAAUGCAAAAUGACUGAUAUCAAUGCUUAAAUGAUGAAACUCAGCUGAUGCAGCAGUGACACAUGAAACCCCCUUUAGAGUCUGUGGGAGAACCUGCUUUGUGUUCAACAAAAAAAAAACCAACACCUCCUUACUACAAGGAAGUUCUCGUCCCCAAAAGCUAUCGACACACAUUUGCAGUCCUCUCUCCUCACAUCAACAAGUACAGGACAAACCAGAGUUUUUGUCUGUCUGUGUAGAUUGGAGCAGGAACAAUGGCACACAGCAUUAGUAACACCAAGAACAUUGUUGCUGGGACCAACACAGGGAAGAUUGGCGCUGAUAAUGCUAUCAAUAUUAGCGGAGGAAUAGGUUCAAAUACUGGCAACUCAUGUAACACAGGAGGUGGAAGCUGCUCUGGAUCCACUAAUCCAGGGAACACCGGCAGUGGGUGUGGAGGAAAAGCAGUCAAUAUUGGCAACAUAACCAACAUGACUGUUGCAGACAAUGAAGGAGACAUUGGUGCAAAGAACACCUGCAAUGUAAGCGGAGGAAAAGGAGUCAAAGUUGAUAUUGGCAACGUAAGUAAUAUGAAUGCUGGAGCCAACACAGGAGACAUUGGUGCAGGAAACAACUGUAAUGUAAUGGGAGGAGAAGGAGUCAAAAUAGGUAUUGGCAACAUAGGCAACAUGACGGUUGGAGACAAUGUAGGAGGUAUUGGCGUUGGGAACAACUGCAAUGUGAACGGAGGAAAAGGAGUUGAAAUAAACAUUGGCAACGCAAACAACGCAGGGAUUGGGUUCAACUCAGGAGGCUUCGGUGUUGGGAACAAUAUCAACAUUAACUAACGUAAGGUUGAAAGGAUCAUGGACCACAGUGCCAAUAUGACAGCAACAAAUGUUACUACUGUAUAUGACAUAUUAUGUUUAAAAAGCUUUUUUGUCUCAGUUUUUUCACCAUUCUUUACAAAUGUGUCUAUUGUCUCACAAUAAACUUUGUUUGACGUUAAA